AUGGAGUUCCUCCGUUCUGAAGUUUUCCUGACCAUUUUAAAUCUGAUCUCAACCAUCAAUGCAAGAAACUGUCCUGAACCGUGCCGCUGUGAUGACACCACAGUGGCCUGCGUCGGCAAAAACUUAAUGGAGAUUCCCCUGGGAGUAGAUGAGACUGAAGCCCAUCACGCCUCGUGUGAGAGCCGUGGUCUUAACAAAGUCUCUUGGGGCUUCCCGCCCAGGACGCAGGUGCUCAAUCUCCAUGGCAACGACUUGCAUGUCAUCCCCGCCAGGAGCUUCCUGGGCGGCUGUCAAGUUGUGUCUCUGUACCUGGGCUUCUGUAAAAUCUACAAAAUCCAAGCUUGGGCCUUCCGUGGGAUGAGGAGCCUGAAGUAUUUGCAUCUGUCUGACAACGACCUCACGUCUUUGGAGCCCGAAGCUCUGGCUGGACUCCCAAAGCUCACCAAUCUUCACCUGGAGGGGAACCGACUGACACAAUUCCCCAAAGAAGCUCUGUCACUCGUACCAAAUUUGUCGGUGUUGCAUCUGGAGCAAAACGCCAUCUCCAGGCUGGAACCUGCUGGUUUACUCUCCUCAGCUGCUCCCGCACUGACGAAUCUCUAUUUAAGGAGUAACGCCAUUAGUGGAAUUGCCAAAGCUGCCCUGAACUCUCCCAACAUUGAAACGCUUCACCUGGAUUCCAACCGGCUGACCCGGGUGCCGUCCGAUGCUCUGACCGACACGCCCAACCUGACGGAGCUGAACCUGUCUCAAAACCCGGUCCAGUGGGUCGGACCCGAGACCUUCCAGGAGAUGUCACACAGUCUUCAGAGGCUUUACAUGAAUCGGAUGGGGAUGGCAGAGAUGUCGAAGGAGGUUCUGUUGAGCCUGGGUCCACGUCUGAAAGUUCUGACCGUGAGAGGAAACCGACUGAAGACGCUUCCGGACCUGAGCCCGCUCAGCGGCCUUGAGCUGAUCGACCUGCGGGACAACCCUCUGAUCUGUGACUGUGACCUGCUGCCCCGGCGCAGGUGGAUGGAGAGAGUGAAGUUGAAUGUUUUGGGAACAUGUGGUCACCCUGUUGAGGUUAAAGGUCAGAAGCUGAUGGACACCAAUGGGUUUGCAACCUGUCCAGAAAACAACCUGAGACGGACUGAGACGGAUCCUGUUGGACCCAAAGCUGCAAAACUGAAAUCCACCGGAGCGAAGAAGAAGGCCAGAAAAGCUCAAACUCCCCAGUGGUAUAAGUUGGUCAAAAACAAGAAGAUGAGCAAAGCAAGUGGAGGAAAUUGAGGAGGAAACUCAAUUUCCUCCUAGUCUUUUUUAGUCUUGUAGACUAAAAGAUUCAAGUAACUACUACAAUCAAGUUCUAGUAGUUACUUUGGUGUCUAACCAUAAAGUAAUUUUUAUUUCAGCUCAAAUGGAAACACAUGCUUUAAAUGUUUGCAUCCACUAUAAAUAUGUAUUUCCUGUCAUAUCUUUAUCUUGAGAAGAGGCCUGGUUUAGGUUUGUUCUUUAUCUGUCUCUGACAUGUUUUGUCGGACUUCUGCUGUCAACCAAAUACGUCAAAGGUGGGGAAAGUAGCUAGUUAUAUUCAGUCGUGUUACUGUGAUCCAGUGCAAUUUGUCUGCAGGCUGGACUUUUUUGAAGUUGGGUACAAAACUUGAACUUUUACUUGUUUGUUUUGAUAAAGUAUUUUAAGCUGCUACAUUUUAAAUCAUGUCCGUUAAAGAGUAAAAAUAAGUAAUAUAAAAAGACUGCAUUGAUUCUUCAACACCGUGUAAACACUCUGAAUAAUAUUUUAAAAUUACACCUACUACCUCCCAAAUAUUCAUGAAGUCAUAUGCUAACAUAGUUCAAUUUGAGCCGAAUUUUUAUUUAUAAAGUUCAUAAUUUAAUCAAAAGCUGUUUGAGACUGAUAUGUUCUAGUUUUCAUUUGUGAAAUCCAUGUGUGGAACUUUCUUCUGUUCAUGAAAAAAGUACAUUUUUCUUAAAGUAAAAUUUUUGUGAGGAACCUUUUGCUCUUAUGUGAGUAACAUUUUACACUUGGUAACUUGUAUUUAAGUAAUAUUCUGUACUCUUUCCACUUAUUUUACACUUUGGAUGCCGAGUCUGGUUCUCUUUCAACACUGAACCACUUAUUUUCCCCAAAGAUGGGGGCCUAAUGCUUACUAAUGCUUACUAAUGCUGAGUGCUUACUUUGUCUUGUGCCUAUUGUAACGUCUUCCAUCAAACAUACACCAAGGAGAAUAAAAAGUUUUUUCAACUGCA